AUGCUCCAACUCAGCGAACUCAUGCCCACUCUGCAGAGAAAUCCACCCAUCGCGCUACACCAAGCUGACACUCGCCCACGCAGCAGUCUGCCCAAGCCUGCAUGGCAAAUCAAAAACCAGCGUCAUUCGGCCAUCACCAACGCACUCGCCCAAAAGCUCGCAUCUUCUGGCUUUUCCGUCGCCGUUGAACCGCCAUACAAUGGCACUCUCGCUGGCCAACAACGACUGGACUUGACCUUCCAACACCCAGAUGAAUCACGCCGCACAGGAGCCGAUGUCACCACCACCACCGUACAGAGCGAGGACUGCGCUGCCAUUCUAAGAGACACCGUUGCCAGACCCGUCCAACGGGCUGAGAGAGUCAAACGCACGAAGUACGAGACCCAACUCAAGGCCCGAGGCAUGGACUUCAUCCCACUUGCAACCACAAGCAACGGUGGCCUGUCAGAUGCCUUCCUCCUGCUGAUCAAACAAGCAUCUCGAAGACGAGCUCGCCGUCACCAUCCAGAUGAAGGCUACAGCCCCACGCACUUCGCCCUCCAGCUACGCCGAUGCAUUGCAGUUGCCAUUGCCACAAGCACUGCCUGCUACAUCAACGCAAUCCUAGACCGAACCGAUCCGGCUGUGUCGGCCUGGGAUAGCGUUCGCUGCAUCCGCAUCUAG